UAAAACGGAAUUAACUCUCAUCAUAGACCUGGGAAAAAAGGGGGAAAUGAAAAUAAUUGCUCCCUCCACUUGGGUGCGCGCCGCUGUACCAUCUUGGUACGCCUCGCCAUUAAUUGCGCGCGCACCGAAUCGGGUUUUUAUCUCGAGAUUUUUUUUUUCUAGAAGAAGGGAAACGUAAAUGAGCAAAAUUGCGAAAUAAGUGGCAGGAGAGUUCCGGCGGCCCCGCGUCCAUAAUUAAGGGUUGAGAGAGGCAGUCGGCCGUACGUCAUCCGCAACCCGACGGUGUCCCGUGGUGUCAACCCAGGGCUGUCGGGCUAGGCUCUGCGUGUUCCGUUCUCUCUCUCCCUCUCCCUCUCUCUCUAUCUCUCUCUCUCUCUCUCUCCUCUUCUCUCCUCUCCUCCCCAUUUCCCUCCUCUCACCAUCAUCCUUGCCUCUGUUCAUCGCCGGCUGUUACGGACACUUCACCGGCUGUGGUUCACAACUAUGCGCUGCCUAGCGCGGUAGGCCUUUGAACGUCUGCGCGCCCACCUUUCUCCCCCCGUUCUUCCCGAUCUUUCCGAACCCUCUGCGGCUCUUAGUUUCUUUUGCCUAUCGUCCGUCCGUCUUACAUCACGCGUCAUCGGUCGGUCGCUCGUUUACCCGCGCACUCACGACUGGUAAACAAAACCAGGUCGGACGGCGGAUCUCUUUGAGGAGACGUCAUCGGAGUGACGACGUCGAACGGAGAAACGGAGGAAAAAAAAAAAGAUGGGCCGUUGUCACGAGAUCGCGUCCCGAUGGUAACGAACGGCGAGAUUUAUCGCGUAUUUGGGUGUAUCGAUUGUGUGCGGCGGGCUAGUUAUGUUCAAAACGUCGGGCACAGCUGAUUGUGAGAAGUGGUACGCCGCCGCCGAGAUCCCGUCGAGAUCGGAGAAGGAACCCAGAGCGACAAGAUGAGAGCGCCGCUCGUGAUUUGCGUCGCGGCGGUUUUUUACCCGAUUUUCGUCGCCGUGAUGGCCUCGCGCGAUGGCGACCGCGAAAUACAAAAUUCCAUGACGACGCAGGAUGUCGAAUGUAGGGCAGAUUGUACGAGAUCGCGCGAUGAAGCCUCGAUGACGCCCGACGAAGAGGCCAACGAUUACGAACGCGCGAGGAGCGUUUAUCCUUCGCGGGUCAAACGUACCAAAAAUCCGCAUCGCUCUCGCGCGAGGUCGAACGCGAGAAACUCAACGAGAUCGAGGCACUCGAAAGGCAAUGCGAAUAAUGCGUUUCGCGAUGCUCCCCACGGAGGAGGGCUGGAGCCUCUCCUGUUGAAAUUAAUCGAAGCGCUGGAGAACAAUUCCAGAACGGACGACGAGCCCGAGCCCAUGUUGAACUCGAGUGCCGUCAACGACACCAGCAGCUUCGACGACGUGGAUCGUUGCCAGAAGUGGCUGGACAACUGGCACAAGAUCGAGAGGGCGUUUCCGGGAUCCGUCGACAACCUGCCGGCGUGUCCCUGCACGUAUCCGAACAACGUCUUCUACAACAACGAGAUCUGGGAUAAGAGGCGGCAGAAGAACUUUCGAUGGCGCGACGUGAGCCACGAGAAGGAUCGGCUCGCGAUCUACAAACCGGGCGCCACUUACUGCGUGCAGACCCUACCGUCCCACGAAAGCGAGAGCGCCAUCGUGCAACACUGUUGUUACGACGAGAAAAGAAAGCUGCUGACCCGCGGUUCCGGCGCCGGCACGCCGUACAUCGUCAGUCCGGAUAUCUCGGAGCUGUUGCACGACAAGAUCGACCUGUUGCCCUGGCGGCUUUGCAAGGGUGACUUCACGAGGUACAAUGAAGUGAGAAUACCGAAUAAUGGCAAUAACUGCAAGACGAAUCCGGAUAACGAGGAGUAUCAACAUCAAGUAGAAAAUGCGAAAAAUUAUUGAGACACGACGGUAUCGCAAUUGUACCGAAAAAAACCAAUUUAUCUAAUUUCCACUUCAAUUGUGUUCCCAACAGAGAAUAGUCUAACAAUUUAUAUUUAUUUCCUACUAUAUCUUUGUAUAUUUUUAAACAUCCUAGUUUUAUAUCGACACAUUACAUUGAAAAGAUUAUUUAAGAAUACCGUGUGCUGUUGGUCACAUAAGAAAAUUAUCCUUUUUUUAUUUAGUGUGAUAUAUUCUUCACUGUGUGUAUAAUAUUAAUAUUAUAAUAAUUACUAUUUAAUUAAUCGAAGAAUUAUUUAAUUAUGAAUUAUGAAAGAAUGAAAAAAAAAAUUAUGUGCAAUAUCACACGGUGUUCCACGCAUCAUUCGUUUAUAAUAGAUCUUUAAGAAAACGGCUAAUACCUAACAAAAGGUAGAAAUAAAUAAAAUCUUUAAGUUACAUAACUAAAUCACAAUGCCACGUUUAAUUAUGAAUCAUAUAUUUUUUAUCGAGCUCUUUCUUGAUGCUAUACUUUUCAAUUAAUGUCGUAUUCUUUUACAGAGCUUAAGUAGUACAAAUUAUAUUACUUUUGUUACUUCUCUUCUAACAUAUCAGUAAUUAAAAAAUUAAUAUUUAUAUUAACA